AUGUUCAGCCUUGACUGGAAGGGGCUCGUGCUGCCCUUUGCGUACCUCAUCGUACUCAGCGGCGCGCUCAUGACAUUUUCCAGCAUUUACCGCAAACGCAAGGCCGCCGAGAGCGCAAACCUCGCCCCCUGGUUCGGCCCCAACCUGCAGCGCAACAUCUACCUCUCCCUUCUUCACGCGGAGCCCGAGGCGGACGGGGGCAGCGGCGGCGUGCCCGAGACCGUGCUCAAGGCUGCGCUCCUGCGCCGCGCCGUCGAGGAUAUUCAGCGGCUCAUCCAGAUCAAGACGGCCAAGCAGGCGUGCAGCGCGCUCCUGCAGCGCGGCAGCGUCGGCGACGACCUGUGGCAGCGCUUCCAGCGCGCCGAGCGCGAGAUGGAGGAAGAGCUGCGCGACGUCGUUACAGAGGCCAACGCGCUCGCGCCCAGCUGGGGCCACGCCAUCUUCCAGUCGGCGCACGAAAUCGCCUCCAACGCCAAGCUCCGCGAGUCCCUCGCCGAGAUUGAAGCCCAGACCGCCGCCGAGAAGCAGUGGUGGGAGCGGCGCCGCGGCCAGAUCCAGAGCGCCUUCAUCAAGGAGCUCGACCAGGAGGCGUCGUCCUCUGCCGCCGCCGCCGGCAGCGCACCAGCCAAGACGCCAGCCGCCGAGGAAGACGCCGUGCUGGUGGACACGCCGGCCAAGGGCAAGAACUAG